UUCUAGCACACAUUGUCACCAGCUACCCACCGCCACUGUUAUUUUAACACCCUCGUAAUAAUCCGCCCCUACCUUGACGGGCUCUACGGAGCCCGUGUCAGCAGAGGCUGACAAACCUUAACAACAACAACAACACACCAACAUGCUGGCCGAGCGCUAACCACUGCAUCUCCUGUCACUGUGUGUUGGAAGAGCGAGGUAGGAGGGCAGGGUGAGUUGGAUGUGCUGGAUAUAUCGCUGUGGCAUCAACUCUCAGCGUGGGAUCUGACAGUAUUACGCAUCACAGAGAGGACCUAUUUUCGUGGCUGGUUUCGUGCUGACCACGGUGAGCGGGACUUAGGACAAUGAAGACGAAGCUUUUAUUCCCUCUGCUUCUGCUGUGUUGCCAAGCAGUGUGGAGCAUCAGACCACCACAAAUUGACGGUGAAGAAAUGCAAGAUGUAGAAAAGUUUGGUGACCUGAUCCUGCACUGCCGAGGCUCCAAGGCCCUACACUGGGAAAAUGUUGAUCAAACGUCUGAUUAUGUGCAGGUUACAAAUACAGUAGAAGAGGGCGCAGAUUUGCCCCAUCUCUCCACACUUGAAAUAAAAGAAAUAUUUCCCUUUGAUGCUGGAUAUUACUAUUGCCGCUACAAUGAUUCGAACGACUCCAGCAAUGACAAGAAAAGUGUGGCCUCUGUCUUUGUGUUUGUAAACGGACGAGACCAGUCAUUUUUGUACCAUCACCUGAACCCUGCACCGAUUCGUCCCGCUGGAGAAACUCUGCAUAUUUUUUGUGCUGUCACUAAUCGUAACUACAAUGUCACCCUGAAGAUAAAUGGAAUAGAUGUUACCGAAGAGGACCGAGUGAAGUAUGACCCUACAAAAGGAUUUUCAAUAGAAAAUGUUACAAUGGAAGAUCAAGGAUUAUAUGUAUGUGAGAGCGGAGGAAAGAAACAGGAAGUAAGGGUUACUAUCACCAAUGUCAAUCCUGAAGACGAAACGUGUAUAAAAGAGCAAGAGAAAUGUGAAGGUGUCCGCUGGUAUCCCUGUUGUUUCGUAUCUUUAAUUCCAACUAUCAACAUCUACAUCUACCUGACCCAGCAGGGAGCACCUACACGCUUUGGAGGAUUUUUCAACCUCCUCCCAUAAGAAAUAGUGAACACUAGUGCUUAUGGUUUUGAAGGACUCACCAAGUUGCCAUGCAGUGGCUUAUAGUGAGCUCAUAUGUUUUUCUUUUUUAUUGAGGUUAAGGUUUCCUAGAGGUUGUUUUCAUACGAGUGUUGUUGUGAAAGGUAUAAUCCCAAUGUACCUAUUCGUUUUUUAUAGAAAAGUUGACAGGUUAUACUUCAGACUUAACAAAACCAAAUUAGAUAUCAGCUUGUUAACUAAGUGUAAAUUGUUCACCGUAAUUCCUAAUUUUCUUAAUUAUAAGCUACAUAAUGUGCAAAUUAGAAAUAAAAACCUGUUUGUCUUUCCACUUCAAAUUACUUAAAUCAGCAACAAGAAUACCUUCCUCAAACGGCAAUUGUCUGGCUUUGAAAUUGCAUAUAACAAACUUAAAGAUAACCUUUCUUUUCUCGACUUCAGUUGCUUGUUUGCUCGUCUCAAAGUAGGUAUAUAAUGACAGAAAAUUGAAUACCACUGGGACUAUACACUACAAAAACCUUGAUAAUCUAGGCUUUCCUGUUAAUCAUUCUGUUGCCAAGGAUAAAGUUAUCAUUAAUCUUUCUAGCAGAGUGCUGAUUGGCUCUGAACUUGAAGUUUUGUCCCUUGGACUUUCAUUUGGCCUUCCUAAAUUAAUGUGGAUUUUGUUAACCAUUUUUAUUCGUUUGAAGAAAUAACAGUUUCAAGAAUUUAUCUUAUGCCCUCUCUGUGGGAAAAUAUAGUCGAGCAGGUUUCAAAGUUGGUCCAUUCUAGCUUUCGUGAGUUACCGUUAGCCCAACGUUCUUUUUCAAAUUACCCAAUGUUUUGUACAACUUUCUCAUUUCAUUUAAUAAAUCUGAUUCAUCUGUUGUUAUUACUAAACCUGAGAAGGGACGAGGCACGGUAAUAAUGGAUAAAGUUGAUUAUAUCUCUAAGAAGCAAUUCUUAGUGAUUCCUCUAAGUUUAAACGUAUCAAGUCCAAUGCCUUGAGUAUAUUACUAAAUCAGAGAUUAACUAGUCAGACUUCUCAGACGGCUCUUUAAACUUAAUGUGACUUCUAAAGAUACAUAUAAUUUCAUUUUCACUAGUGGUUCGUUCCCAGGUAUCUUGUAUGGUCUUCCGAUAACACAUAAACCCUCGAAUCUAUUCUCAGCACUAUUGACACGUUUAAUUACAACUUUGCUAAGUAUCUAGUUCUCAUCCUUGAACCUCUUACUUUACUCUUAAAAAUCUAUAUCAGUUCAUUAAUGAAAUACGUAAUUUAGAUGUUGGCAACAUGGUCAUUAUCAGUUUCGGUAUAAAAUCACUGUUCACUAAUAUCUCUCUUGAAAAAAGGAUAUACGUUUGUUUUGUGAUGACUUGUUUAAGGACAACAUGACCUUUGGCAACUUUUCGAAAACACUUCAACAAUAUUUCAUUCAUCUCUUGCUGAGAAAGACUCGAUCGCCUUUUUUGUUCAAUAAGAAGUUGUAUAUUCAGACUGAUGCAGUAGCCAUGGGUUCUUGUUUGAGUCCUACAUUAGCGAAUAUUUUUUUGUGUUUAAAUAAAACUAAUUGGUUAGGGGAUUGUCCCUCCUCAUUUGAACCUGUUUACUUGUGUAGAUAUGCUGAUGAUUGCUUUGUGCUUUUCAGAGACUCCACGCAAAUUCCUUUGUUUUUGGAUUGCAUUAAUUCUAGGCACCCGAAUAUAGAAUUUACUUGUGAAAUAAAGAAUAAUGGUACUCUAUCUUUUCUGGAUGUACUCUUAUCUUGUGUCGAUAAUAAGCUUCACCAUUGUCUACUGUAAACCAACUUUCACUGGAUUAGGAAUAAAUUUCCUUUCUUUUGUGUCACAGCUCUUCAAAGUUAAUGCAAUAAAGAUAUUCUUAUAUAGAUGUUA